AUGGAACUUCCCCCACCCCUUCCCCAUCCUCAGAAACAAUUCCUUUCAUUUAACAAUGAGAUGCACUACAUCAACUACAAAGCUAAAUUGCAGAUACUCAUCGAUCUACCAGAGUCGAUUCGUCGGAAGUCUGAUAAGGAAGGAAUGGGCUUCUGGAAGUUGGCAAACACGUCGUUCAUAGGUCGACUAGAAUUUGUCAUUUCAAUUUCGAACGUACAAUCGGAUUCGUGUGAAUAUAUUCUAAGCGACAACCAGACGAUCAGCUUCCUCCAGAAAGAGCAGUUCGAUGUCGGCAUCUCUGAAGUUUUCGCCCUCUGUGGAUUCGGACUUUUUGAGUUGGUAAAAAUUCCCAAUAUGAUUGGUGCAUCGGCUGUCGGAGUGAUCGACGUCAUGAAUGAAGCCAUCGAAGUACCUAUCAUGCCGAGUUUCAUGCCCUCCUUCCUUACAACAUACGGUGAGAGCAUGACCUUUCCACAGCGUUUCUUCAACUUCUUUCUUCACGGCGCUGUCUGGAUUGCAACUCAGAAUGCUGUUCGCAAAUAUGAAAGGAUUUUCAUGAAACAUGGCCUUCAAACAAGCCUUCGAGAACUGAUAGCUGCUCGUAGUAAUUAUGUCUUAUCUAAUUCCGAUGAGUUUCUUGACUACGCCUUCCCGACCUCUGGCAAACUUGUUCAUGUUGGCGGCAUAGCAUUGCCGCAGGUGACCAAAUUGGAUGAGAAAUUCCGUCUGAUAAUGGAACGUCACGAUAGCAAAGGCGUCGUCCUCAUAUCGUUCGGCUCAAAUGCUCCCACUGUUCAGAUGCCGAGUAAUAUUAGACUAGCAAUUCUGGACGCAGUAGCCACUUUCCAAAACUACACUUUUAUAUGGAAAAUCGAUAAAAACGAUACAGUCCCCACAAUGAAGAAUCUAUUCACAACUAGCUGGCUUCCGCAAAACGCACUUCUAGGACUGAACAGUGUCUUGGAACUAACGCGAAACGGAAAACCAUCGAUUUUAGUACCGCUAUUCGGUGAUCAACACAGGAAUGCAAAGCUUGUAGAACGGAGGGGUUCGGCGAUUGUGAUUUAUAUGGAGUCUUUCACGAGUGAAAUCUUCAUCAGAAGUUUGAGAAGCAUACUAGAAGACAGUGUGUAUCGUCAAAAAGCUGAACGUCUAUCGUCAUUGAUGACAAGGAAACCAUUCUCCCCCAAAGAACGUCUUCUCUCGACGGUCGAAUUUUCCGCAGUCCAUGGGAAAAUCAAAGAACUAGUACGUUACAGCUAUCGCAUGGGAUUUGUUGAGUACUUCUGUCUUGAUGUGAUCCUCGUAGCUCUCAUGAUGGUUGCACUGACAAUCUCAGCUUUCACAUAUUGCAUUCGGAAAUUAUUGAAAAAUGUCAUUUCGAAGACUAAAAUAGACUGA